AUGCAAAUUAUUCUCCUCGCGGGUGCCGCCAUAGCUUUCGGUGCCGGAUUCCUCUACUCCUCUUUCUCUCUCAUGAUGUAUAUUCAUCUAGGCGCCACGUUGCUCGCGUGCCUCGUGGUGGUUCCCGAUUGGCCCGCUUUCCGCCAGCACCCGCUGACUGGGGUGCUGUGCGAGUGGGGUGCUGUGCGAGUGGGGUGCUGUGCGAGUGGGGUGCUGCGCGGAUGGGGUGCUGCGCGGGUGGGGUGCUGCGCGGAUGGGGUGCUGCGCGGGUGGGGUGCUGCGCGGGUGGGGUGCUGCGCGGGUGGGGUGCUGCGCGGAUGGGGUGCUGCGCGGGUGGGGUGCUGCGCGGAUGGGGUGCUGCGCGGGUGGGGUUCUGCGCGGUGGGAUGCUGCGCAGGUGAGGUGCUGCGCGGGUGAGGGUGUCGCGGAGGUGGGGAAAGGCCACGAAGUGAUGGGUGACGAAGGUGUAAAAGCCUUUCCUCUUACGAGUCCCAUCAUCCCCUUCCCUCUUUCGAGUCCCAUCAUCCCCUUCCCUCUUUCGAGUCCCAUCAUCCCCUUCCCUCUUUCGAGUCCCAUCAUCCCCUUCCCUCUUUCGAGUCCCAUCAUCCCCUUCCCUCUUUCGAGUCCCAUCAUCCCCUUCCCUCUUUCGAGUCCCAUCAUCCCCUUCCCUCUUUCUAGUCCCAUCACCCCCUUCCCUCUUCCCCUCCCAUCACCCUCCUCCCUAUUUCCCGUCCCAUCAUCCCCUUCCCUCUCUCCCAUCUCAUCACCCCUUUCCCUCUUCCCCCUCAUCUCUCACUUCCUCUCCCUUUGUCCCUCCCCUCACAGCAUACCCUCCUCGUCCUCCGACUUGCGCCACUCGUUCGUUCCUUCUCUGACAUUGGCCGGCACCCCUCGUUCUCCCGUUCGUCUCGUCCUCUGGCUUGCAUCUGUACGCUCUCGGUGCACCCAGCUGUCGUUACCAUCAUAA